AUGACUAAAACUAUUCACAUUAUCGACGUUGAAAGUGGGAACUUGCAAUCGUUGGCCAAUGCCAUUAAACGCAUUGGGGACUAUAGCAUCUCAUACAUCCGCUCAGGAACAGAGUUACAGCAGAAAUUACCUGAAAUCUCAAAGUUGAUCUUCCCUGGUGUAGGUAACUAUGGUCACUUUGUUCAUGAGGUAUUUGCUCGUGGGCUCAGUGAACCCAUUAAAGAAUAUAUUGCCAGUGGUAAACCAGUUAUUGGGAUUUGUGUGGGUUUACAAGCAUUUUUCCAGACAUCAGAAGAGUCUCCUGAAGUUGAAGGCUUUGGUUUAAUUCCCUUGAAGUUAAGUAAGUUCAACUCCCACGAUCCUUUGUUCAAAUGCGAGGGAAUCUCAAAAUCAGUUCCUCACAUUGGCUGGAACACAAUAAUCUCAACUAAGGAAAACACCUCGCAAUUGCUCUAUGGCAUGAAUCCCGCCAACAAGUAUUAUUUUGUUCAUUCAUAUGCUGCCAUUGUGUCUGAUGAAGAUAUAAAGAAGGCCGAAGCUGAAGGCUGGAAAUUACAGCUCGCAAAAUAUGGUUCUGAACGCUUUGUCGCGGCCAUCUCCAAAGGCAACAUCUUUGCUACACAAUUCCAUCCCGAGAAAUCUGGGUUUGCUGGAUUGAAGGUUAUCAAAAGCUUCCUUGAAGAUGAGAAAUUAAUCACACCCUCUGCCUCAACCCUGGUGAACAAGGAUCCCGGUAUCGAAACUACCGCCACUGGUUUAAGUAGAAGAAUUAUUGCCUGUUUGGACGUGCGAUCCAACGAGAACGGCGACUUGGUGGUUACCAAAGGAGAUCAAUAUAACGUGAAGGAAGCUAGCAAUGACGGUGGAGAGGAAAAAGUCCGUAACUUGGGUAAACCCGUGGAGUUGGCUACCCGUUAUUUCACCCAAGGUGCAGAUGAAGUGACCUUUUUAAAUAUCACCUCCUUCCGUAACUCUCCCUUGAAGGACUUGCCAAUGUUGCAAGUAUUAAAGAAGGCUGCAGAAACUGUUUUCGUACCCUUGACUGUUGGUGGUGGUAUUAAAGACAUGGUUGACCCUGAAACUGGUGCAUUAGUACCAGCAGUCAAAGUUGCCGACUUAUAUUUCCGUUCCGGAGCUGAUAAAGUCAGUAUUGGUUCUGAUGCUGUCACUAUAGCAGAACAAUACUAUGCCAAUGGUAAGAAAUCCACUGGUAAGAGCUCGAUUGAGACCAUCUCAUCUACUUUUGGUGCUCAGGCAGUUGUCAUUAGUGUUGAUCCGAAGAGAAAGUACGUCAGUUCACCUUCAGAAACUGUGAUGAGUGUGAUUGAAAUAACUGAUCCUACAAAGUACGGUCCCAACGGUGAGAAAUACUGCUAUUACCAAUGUACAUCACAAGGAGGAAGAAAGACUCACGAGUUGGGGGCUUUAGAAUUGUGUGUUGCCUGCGAGGCUUUGGGUGCUGGUGAGAUUCUCUUGAAUUCCAUUGAUCAUGACGGUUCAAACAAGGGAUACAACCUUGAAUUAUUGAGACAAAUCAAGACCAAGACCUCAAUCCCGGUUAUCGCAAGUUCUGGUGCGGGUAACCCUAGCCAUUUCCAAGAGGUGUUUGAAAUGGACUGUGGAGUUGAUGCUGCCUUGGGGGCUGGGUUGUUCCACAGAGGUGAAUACACUGUCAACGAUAUUAAGAAAUAUCUUCAAGACAAUGCACACAUGGACGUUAGAUAUGAGAUAAAUGCCGAUAUUUGA